ACAAGUUGCCACAGUUACCAUCUUCAGUUCUCAACUGCUCCACUGGUUCUGAACUAAACUUUCAUAUUUCUUCCAUAAGAAGUUAAAAUUCUGCAAAUUCUACUGGAGAGUAACAAUGGUGAGCGGGGGAGAGAGAUGGUCAGUGGUGACGGGCGGUAGAGGCUUUGCGGCGCGCCACUUGGUGGAAAUGCUAAUUCGCUACGACAUGUUUUCCGUUCGGGUCGCGGAUUUAGGUCCUGAAAUUAAGUUGGAGCCACACGAAGAACAUGGCACUCUCGGCCAAGCACUCCGAUCUGGACGCGCAGUCUAUGUGUCCAUGGAUCUCCGGGACAAGUCCCAAGUACUCAAAGCUUGUGAAGGAGCUGAGGCUGUUUUCCACAUGGCUGCCCCAGAUUCGUCAAUCAACAACUACCAGCUCCAUCACUCAGUCAAUGUACAAGGAACUAAGAAUAUAAUUGAUGCCUGUGUUGAGCUAAGAGUGAAGAGACUUAUAUACACCAGCUCUCCCAGUGUAGUCUUUGAUGGUGUUCAUGGAAUUUUUAAUGGGGAUGAAUCAAUGCCAUAUCCUGAUAAGCACAACGAUUCGUAUUCUGCAACUAAAGCUGAAGGUGAGGCACUAGUCCUCAAGGCAAAUGGCAAGAAUGGCCUGCUGACAUGUUGCAUCAGACCCAGCAGCAUUUUUGGCCCCGGUGACAGGUUACUUGUUCCUUCCCUUGUCACUGCUGCAAGGGCAGGGAAAUCCAAGUUCAUUAUAGGUGAUGGCAACAACAUGUAUGAUUUCACUUAUGUUGAGAAUGUUGCACAUGGUCAUAUAUGUGCUGAAAGAGCCCUAGCAUCAGAAGGAGCUGUUGCAGAGAAAGCUGCAGGACAGGCUUACUUCAUUACUAACACAGAGCCUAUCAAGUUCUGGGAGUUUGUCUCGCUUAUACUUGAAGGUCUUGGCUAUGAAAGGCCAAGUAUUAAGAUUCCUGCCUGUGUUAUGAUGCCAAUUGCACAUUUGGUGGAGUUGACAUAUAAGCUCUUAGGCCCAUAUGGAAUGAAGGUCCCACAGUUGACACCUUCAAGAAUAAGACUUUUAUCUUGCAGCAGGACGUUUAGUUGUUCUAAAGCAAAUGAUCGACUGGGCUAUACACCUAUUGUCCCACUGCAGGAGGGUCUUAGGAGGACAAUUGACUCAUACCAACAUUUAAGAGCUGAAAUUAAAACUAGAAAGGAUGGGCCUUCCAAAGCUUCCAUACUUCUUGGAAAUGGAAGGGUUGCUGAUACACUUCUCUGGAGGGAUAAAAGGCAAACACUCAUUACUGCAUUAGUUCUUGCAGCACUUUACUUCAAUUUCAUAGCAGUUGGAUAUUCCGUGAUAACAGCAACUUCCAAGCUACUCUUAGUGGCAUCUAUUUUCCUAUUCAUCCAUGGAAAGCUGCCACAGAAAAUAUUUGGAUACAAAAUUGAGAAAAUUCCUGAGUCAAAAUUCAUUGUCUCAGAGGAGAUGUCUCUUCAAGUUGCUGGAUCAGUAGCUUUGCUUUGGAACUCUGCAGUAAAUAGCUUAAAAUCGCUUUGCAGAGGAACAGAUUGGGUGCUAUUUCUCAAGGUGGUUUCCUCUCUAUUGAUUCUGAGCAUCCUGGGGACUUUUUCACUGCGUAGUUUAUUUGUCAUCGUACUCCCCAUUGCCUUUGUCGCUUUCGUUGUAUAUGAGAAAAAGGAGGAAGAGAUAGAACACUUUGUUCACGAAGUUAUUUCGUGUGUCUCUAAACUGAAGUCCAACAUUGUCGAGAAAGUGCUCAUCAGCUCCAAGAAAACACAAUAGUUGUCUACCUCUCCUUUUCAAUUUCUCCGGGCUUCGUGCAUAGUUCUUGGAAGCUUUAUGCUAUAGCUGGCUCUCUUGAAGCUCAAGGACCCGAUUCCAUCGUGCUUCCUACAAAAACUUCUGCAUUGGGGUCCCAAACGCAAAGAUAUGUACUGCUACCCUCCACUUUCUGGACUUGUGCCUUCAUCAUUUCUCUAUUGUGGAACUAACAUGUUAUUGCAUUCCUUUAUUUCUAUCCACAUUAUACUAAACUCUUGCCUGGUGGGAUACGUCGUUGGUGUUGCAACACCGAGUUUGUAAACUUUAUAGGGGAGAACUAGAUAUUGGGUUUUUUGUUGUGAUGACAACCUUGUUCCUUAAUGCCCCUGUGGACAUUAUGGUUUUAAAAGAUUUAUACACUUUGGUCUUUUGACAGCUACA